ACAUUUUCCAUCUAAAGCUUCAAAUCAAAACCCUAUAAAUCCCCAAAGAUAAAAAUCACCCCAACAUUCUGCCCCUGCCGCCCCCCCUCCCUCUCUGUCUCUCUCUCUCUCGAAUUGUAUGCAUAUAUAUAUAUAUAACUGAAUUGGGAGCUCGAUGAAUACGUCGCAGUUCAUGGACAAACAGAUCAUGGAUCUAUCAAAUUCACAGAACAACAGCGAUUUCAUCGAUCUUGAAAACCACGUCGGCAGCGGGAAGAAGGAAGAGAUCGUGCCCAGCUAUGAUUUUCAGCCGAUUCGUCCAAUCGUAGCUUCGCAACAGUCGAAUAUCGAUUUGAGUAAUGUUGGGGGAACUAGGGUUUGGAACUCUGCUGACUCAAAGUCCAAUACUACUGCUGCUGGUGUUGAUGUUGGUGUUGGUAUCAGAAAUUACAGUUCUCUUGAAUCCAUUGAGCCUGCAACAGUCAUUUCAGAGAAGGAUCAUAAUGUUAAUAAUGCAGCUUUAGUGUCCGAGAUUGAUCGAACCAUGAAGAAACAUGCUGAUAAUCUACUGCAUGUAUUGGAAGGUGUUAGUGCACGGAUAUCUCAGCUGGAGAGCAGGACUCGCCACCUUGAGAGUUCAAUGGAUGAUUUGAAAAUAUCUGUUGGGAACAAUCAUGAAGGUACCGAUGGUUAUCUGAGGCAAAUGGAAAAUAUUCUUAGAGAGGUACAAGCUGGUGUGCAGGUUAUAAAGGAUAAGCAAGAUAUAGUGGAGGGUCAGCUGCAAGUGUCGAAAGUAGAGCAGCAAUCAGAAACCCAAAGCGCUGUGCAAUCAGAUUCUUUGCAGCUGGCAGCAUCCGUAGCUCAGCAGUCUCGCCAACAGCUUCAUCCUCCUGCUAUUAUACAACCACAACCCAAUGCUCCUCCAACUGCUUCACAACAGAAUCUACCUGCUUCGGUUCAGCUUCCAAACCAAUUCCCUCCUAACCAGAUUCCUUACAUGCCUCAGAGAGAGACUUACUUUGCUCCAGUUGGCCAAACCCAAGAACACACAAAUCAGCAAUAUCAGCUACCUCCUCCUCAGCAGCUGCAACCCCCGCUUCCAGCACCGCCACAGCAACAAUAUCAGCCACCUCCUCACCCACCACAGUACUCUCAGCCACCCCCACCACCUCAACUCCACCCAUCUCUCCCGGCAGUUAAUCCUUCCCAACCUCAACAACCUUCAUUAGGGCACCACCCCGAAGAAGUACCUUACCCUCCCCCUCUGAACUACCCACCAAGCCUGCGCCAACCUCCUCAUCCACCCAGUGGAAAUCCUUAUGGGGCUCCAUCCCACAUGUAUGAACCACCAUCUAGUAGACCAAAUUCAGGAUUUUCUACUGCAUACGGCCCCACAUCUGGGACCAAUGAACCAUCGUAUCCUUACAAUGGGCCCCCUCCUCAGUAUGGUGGUGGCGGACCACCUUCUUUGGGUAGUAGUGGUUCCAUGAAACAACAACAACAACUGUCUUCUGCUGCAGCCCAGGGCGGCGGGGGGGGACCCAAUUACCCUCAGCUCCCCACGGCUCGUAUAUUACCUCAUGCACUGCCAACUGCUUCUGGGGUUGGUGGUGGGUCCGGUUCUUCUGGGUCUGGUAACAGGGUUCCUAUCGAUGAUGUGGUUGACAAGGUAACGGGUAUGGGAUUCACAAGAGACCAAGUGAGAGCCACUGUUCGGAAGUUGACAGAGAAUGGACAGGCAGUUGAUUUGAAUGUAGUGUUGGACAAGUUGAUGAAUGAUGGCGGAGAAGGCCAGCCCCAGAGAAGUUGGUUUGGUCGGUAAUGGUUUUUUCUGAUCUUGAUUGUGCAUAGAAAGUAUUUGGCUCUAGUUGUUUUGGUUUUACUUUCGCCAACAGAGAUCGUUUGUUUGGAGAUUUGGGGUAUAUUCCCUUGAAUUGCUUUGUUUAUUUUAUUUUGUUUUAUUUUUCGAAUUAUGUUCGUAUUGGAACCCUGUUGUUUUGCCUGUAUAAUUGUGAGCUGUGACUAUUUGUUCGAGGCUUCUGUACACUUGGAAUAAUUGAAGGCAUAUAUAUAUAUAUCUAGUCUUUUUGUGUUGCUGUCU